AUGCUUCAAACUCCAUCUCGAGCCUCAACUGCUUCGUCGUCGUCGUUUCAACCCUUGUCGCGCCAGAACACCAUGUCGUCCUAUGAUGGAUCACGCUCGGCGCGCCAGUCUAAGCGGUACUCCAUGUCCGCGCUGUACAUGUCUAUGUCAGCAAACGAGGGUGAAAUGCAAAUUGAAGAUGAUCUAGCCAAAGCCCAGAAAGUACUGCGAGAUUUGAAAACAAAGAUAUCCUCCCAGUCGAAAAAGAAUUUUGUUCUUGAAAAGGAUGUACGGUAUCUGGAUUCAAGAAUCGCUCUUCUCAUCCAGAACCGAAUGGCUCUCGAAGAGCAAAAUGAAGUCGCCAGCCACCUCGAGGAUGCUACCGAGGUUCAGGAAGGUGUUUUCCCAAAUGAUGACAAGACGCAGAAAUAUGGCAAUCUCUUGUUUCUCUUGCAAUCUGAGCCCAGGCAUAUCGCGCAUCUGUGCAGACUGGUUUCAAUGGCCGAAAUAGACUCCCUGCUGCAGACAGUCAUGUUCACAAUUUACGGAAACCAGUACGAAAGUCGCGAAGAGCAUUUGCUUCUAACCAUGUUUCAGUCUGUUCUGACAUACCAGUUCGAUAACACUCCGGAUUAUUCCUCGUUGCUUCGAGCCAACACACCCGUGUCUCGUAUGAUGACAACAUAUACUCGUCGUGGUCCUGGCCAGAGUUUUCUCAAAACUGUGUUAGCCGACAGGAUCAACAGCCUCAUUGAAUUGAAAGACCUGGAUCUGGAGAUUAACCCCUUGAAGGUUUACGAGCGCAUGCUGGAACAGAUUGAAGAGGAUACUGGCACCCUACCUGCAAAUUUGCCCAAGGGUAUCACUGGUGAACAGGCUGCCGAAAACCCCAAAGUCCAGGCCAUUAUCGAGCCCCGACUCACUAUGCUAACGGAAAUUGCCAAUGGAUUUUUGAGUACCAUUAUCGAAGGCCUGGAAGAGGCUCCUUAUGGUAUUCGGUGGAUUUGCAAGCAAAUCAGAAGCUUGACAAAGCGCAAAUAUCCUGAUGCAAACGACCAGGUUAUCUGCACUUUGAUUGGCGGUUUCUUCUUCCUUAGGUUCAUAAACCCAGCCAUUGUUACCCCCAAAUCGUACAUGCUUAUUGACGGAACUCCCGCCGAACGGCCGAGACGAACCCUGACCUUGAUUGCGAAGAUGCUUCAAAAUCUUGCGAACAAGCCUUCGUACGCCAAGGAACCCUACAUGGCAAAGCUUCAACCAUUCAUCCACCAGAACAAGGACAGAAUUAACAGGUUCAUGCUGGAUCUUUGCGAAGUCAGUGACUUUUACGAGAGUUUGGAAAUGGACAACUACGUUGCGCUGUCAAAGAAGGAUCUUGAGUUGGAUAUUACAUUGAAUGAAAUUUACGCCAUGCACGGACUUAUCGACAAACACUAUCAGGAGCUCUGCAAGGAUGAAAACUCACACCUGGCUGUUAUUAUGUCGGAACUUGGUCCAUCUCCAGCUCAAGUACCGCGCAAGGAGAACAGAGUGAUCAAUUUGCCAUUAUUUAGCAGAUGGGAAACUGCAAUUGACGAUUUAACCGCAGCGCUUGACAUCACACAGGAGGAAGUGUUCUUUAUGGAGGCCAAGUCCAUCUUUGUGCAGGUCUUGCGGACCAUUCCACAAAGCAGUGCUGUGUUGCGACGGCCAUUGCGUUUGGAGCGGGUGGCCGAUGCUGCAGCAACGAGCCGUAAUGAUGCUGUCAUGGUUCGCAAAGGCAUUAGAGCCAUGGAGUUGCUUUCGCAGCUACAGGAACUGGGCGUUAUCGACAAGAGCGACCAAUUCGAUCUAUUGCGAGACGAAGUCGAGCAGGAAUUGCAGCAUCUAGGCUCACUCAAAGAAGGCGUCAUUGCUGAGUCGGCGAAGCUAGAAGAGGUAUACAAGACGAUUCGUGACCACAACACAUAUUUGGUGGGCCAACUGGAAACAUAUAAGAGCUAUUUGCACAAUGUGCGUUCUCAGAGCGAGGGCACAAAGCGAAAGCAGCAGAAGCAGCAGGUGUUGGGACCCUACAAAUUCACGCAUCAGCAGCUUGAGAGGGAGGGAGUGAUUCAGAAGAGUAAUGUUCCGGAUAACAGACGGGCCAACAUCUACUUCAACUUCACUAGCCCUUUACCAGGUACAUUUGUUAUUUCGCUCCACUAUAAAGGUCGCAACCGGGGUCUUUUGGAACUCGACCUCAAGCUGGACGAUUUGCUUGAGAUGCAAAAGGAUAACCAGGAUGAGCUCGAUCUGGAGUAUGUGCAGUUCAACGUACCCAAGGUGCUUGCCCUGCUCAACAAGCGAUUUGCUCGAAAGAAGGGGUGGUAA